CCUGUCCUUCUGCUCCUGCAAUCGUUCGUUCCCGCCCAGUACUGUAUCCUCUCUCGCAAGUCUUUCUUGGCGCCUUCCUCGUCCUGGCUGUCGUCGUCGUCGUCGCCGCCAUCACCGCUGCUGCUGCUGCUGUCCAUCCCUGCGGCGCUCGCUGUCUGCUGUACUCCGCGCUCCCGUCCGCCCUGGGCCAAGGCCUCCGUGCUUUCCUUGCCUCAGCGCCAGCUUCCGUAUCAACGCUCCGGCCCUGGCUCGCUUGCAUCAGGCCCGCCUUCUCCCGUCGAUCCACCUGCUCGAGCCGCCACCGCCUCGCGACCGUCCAGCCAGAUUCAUUACUUCCUGGCACCUUAUCCUCCAUCCCGGCUCCGCUUCUCGCCAUCCCGUUGCUCUUCUUCUGCCUCGGUCGCUCGCUGCGUCUGUCGCUCCUGGAAUUCGCUCCGAGCUGUGAUCCCGCUGCCCUUACGAUUCGAUCCACUUUGCUCUCAAACACCCGCACGUUCCGAUGGAUCGCAAACACGACUUUUUUCUGCCUUCGUCGCGGGUGCUGCACCAUCGAUCAAGCAACGGAUACGGCCUCUCGCUCGACGAAGCGUCCGGCUUGAAGGGCAUGAAUCUCCUGGCCUUUGAAGACAGCCUGGCAUCUCCCCUUCGAAAGCGAGAUACGACGGAUUACCCCGAAUAUUCCAGGGCAGCCGUCUCCUCCCUUCCGAAUCCCGACACAAAUCUGCACGCCUAUCUCCCAAGCUUCCUGGCGGGCCCGCUCACCCAGUCGAAUUCCAUCAUAUCGGCUCAAGACGAGGACGAUCCCCUUCAGCUCCUCCCGACUCGCACCCCGAGGUCGCUUUUUCUGAGUCCUCAGGCCACAACGGCCCAUCCGAGUCUGCGUGCAAGGCCCUCCGCCGAAGAACCUGCCUUUCAGCUGUUUCCAGAGCCCAGUUCCUAUCCACACACGAUCGUACCCCGAGAGUCGUUCCCGUACUAUCGCACAAACCUCCCUCAUGGCAUGGUCCGCCUCGAGCAUGCCCCCACAAGGCCCCAUCUCUCCGACGGCCCCAUCCUUCGCUAUUCUAUGGAGUUUAUGAUGUCGUUUUCUGUGUGCUCCAAACGACCGGCCGACAUGGCCUUCAUCCCUGGUAUCACCGGCACCGUCAAGACCGUCCGCAUCAAGGAACCAAAAACCCUGGCCACCCACCGACACUCUGCGCCGCACUCGCUGCACCAAACCCGCUCUGUCGACGGCAUGACGGCCUCACUCAACCUCAUGGGUGGCGGCCCUGCGUCGCUCCACAGUGGCCUGCUCUCGUUUUCUAGGUCGCCUCUAUCGCCGCUGGGGGCGCCCUUCUUCCUCAACCCCGCGUCGCCGACAACGUCGGUUGCCCUGUCGUCUAUGUACGCCGAUGCCGAUCAUAUGCAUGCGUCCGUCCCUCUGCGCCGAUCGCUCGUCAUCCAAAAGCCCGCAACCACAAUCCCUGAAUCGCUGAUGGCCGACGAUUCCGACCUGCAGUUUGACCUCGACAUCGACGACGACCCCGCCGGGUACCUGGAGGGCUCCGUCCCCAGACUUUCGCUGAGUCGCAUGACCUCCCUUGAGCGCACAUCCAACAUCAGUCGCUCUGCGCCCAUCGCCAUCUCCUCGCCGUCCCAGUCCGCUCUGGGUCUUUCAGCUCCGCGAGUCGAACUCAAUCGCCGCAGCCUGCAGCUGCCGACCGAGUCUUGGAAUUCGGCUGCCUCGUCGUUUGGUCUCCGUCCUGCGAUCCACAACUCCCUUCCCGCUGCCGACCCGUCCUCUCUCUCCUCAGACGAUGAUCUGCCCAGCGAAGGAUUCGACGCCUGCGGAUACGAGCGGAGCAGCGGCGGCACCAUCCUUGCCCACCUCGCCAAGGACGAAGCCGAAGACGGAUGUCCAGUGCGGUGGAUGCGAAAGAGCGUGUACUGGCCCCAGCGCGAGGGCUAUCUGGUGGUGCCUCAUCGCAAGUGGAAGAAUGGAGGGUUCGAGACGGUCGACAGCCGUCACUUCAUGGUCAUGUCGUACAAUGUCCUGGCCCCGAUGUACUGCAAUGAGACCAAGCUCCACCAGACGGACCCCAAAUGGCUACAGUGGGAGCACCGUCGUCAGAAGCUGCUGGAAGAGAUGGCGUUCUAUUCGCCAGACUUUAUCUGCUUGCAAGAGCUUCCCCCGCGCGAUUUUAAGGACUUUUUCCUUCCCGAGCUUCAGGCUCUUGGCUACGAGGGUCAUUUCCAGCACAAGAAGCGCGAACACUCUGCCGAGGGCUGCGCGAUAUUUUACAACGAGUCUAGGUUCCAGCUACUGGCUGUUCAAGCGUUCGCCUACAACGACCAGAUUCCGCUCGACGCCAGCCCCGCCCUCAAGUCACGGCUGGCCCCGUUCCCCAACAUUGCCAUCAUCUGUGUCUUCCAGAACCGCCAUGCGCGGGCACUUCGACUCCGGGUUGUCAACACCCAUUUGCAUUGGGACCCAAAGUUUACGGAUACCAAGUUGCUCCAAGCCGCGUUGCUCAUGGAGUGGCUCGAGCGGGUCAACCCCGAGAUUCCAACCGUCAUCGCCGGUGACCUCAACUCCCGCUUUGGCGAGCCCGUCGUCGAUUUCCUGGUCAGGGGCAAGGUCGUGCCAUCGGCUGUGUUUGGAGAGCAAGACUUUGGCCGAUUUUCGGUUGGUACUCCAGCCGGCGGUCCUCUCAUCGCCGGCGGCAUUGCGACCGUGACAGGCGUGGGUGCGUCCUCUGGGCCUCCAUCCCACCCGGGCGGCCUGUCGUCCUCGCUUCCGAACAACAUCAGCGCCGCGGCCGCAGGCUCCUCGAACGGCCAGGGCUACCACGCGACUGGCCAGAACCCGCAUCCGCCGCAGCUCCUCCGACACGGCACGAAGCUUGCCUCGGCGUACGACCGCAAGGAUCUACCCUACACCAACAAAACCCCCGAUUUCGAAGGCGUGAUCGACCACAUCCUAUACACCUCCGGCACACUCUCGAUCCGAGAUGUGCUGACAGAGCUCGAAGGCACCCCGCCCCCGCCGCCAAAGGAUCCGUCGCUCAAGCACCAGAGAAGCCAGCUGCAGAGUACUCAAGCAGAUAGACUGGAACGCAAUCCGGACGGCACCGAGGUCCGAGACAGAGACGAAAGUCAGUCUGUUGGUGGCGAUGUCUCAGUCAGCGAGGCCAGUGCGCAACCCAUCGAGCAACAGCAGCAACAGCAGCAACAGCAGCAGUCUGAGGCCGGAAAGCCCUCGGACAUCAUUUUUGCACCAGUCGAUUCCGCCGCCACCGAUGCUGCGAAGGGCUUCGCAGAUGCUGCGGACAGUGCUGCGACCGCAGUUCCGGCCGAGGAGCCCCCGAAGGACACCGCUCCGGUCGCCGAUACCCGCCCACCCCCUCCAAUCCAGCCUUCGUACCUCCGCAGCCUGCCCUCGCUUCCGGCCGAGCACUUCCCUUCAGACCAUCUUUGCCUCUGCGCCUGGCUCAAGUGGAAAACGGUCCCUGUUGGCGUGUCCCCCUCCGGUGGCUCACGAAUGGGCUCGUCGCUGAAUGGGGGUGGCAGUCGCCGAGGCCACCAUGCCAACAGCCUCAAGCGCAGCAGCAUGGGUUUGAACAGCGGGUAUGCGUUGUCGGGGUCGUCGAUCAUGAACGGCUCGCCCGAGAAUAGCAGCCUUCAGGUGCGCUCGAUGGCAUCAAUGUCCGCCAUAUCGCAGCCGCUCUCUCCGUCAAACCAUCAUCAAUACUACCUGCAUCAGCAACAACAACAACAACAGCAUCAGCAUCAGCACCACCAGCAGCAGCAGCACCAGACGCCUCAGUCGCAGCUGGCGCCUCAACUUCAAGGACAGCAACAGCAGCAUCAACAGCAUCCACAGCACCCGCAACAUCCACAACAGUCACUCCAUGCCAAUCUGUAUCAGUCAAGCUCGCUCACAAACUACGGACCAUCGGAUCCCCGCCUGGCCGUCUCCAUGCCCACCUACCAUCCCCACGGUAGUUCAAUCAAUUUUGGCGCCAUGAGCAUGGGAGUGAAUGUGGCCAAUUCGAUGGGUCAUCAGUCCCUCUACGCGUCUCCGCACCAACAUUCGGGCUCACAGGGUGCCAUGGCUUUGUCGCCUGGGCCUGUUGGUCGAGACUCUCAGCAGCAACUGCUGAUGGCCGAGAUGUUUCCGCCGUUGUCGGCCUCAGCAAGCCCCGGAAGGAGUGCCAAUCUUGCUGGAUCUCUGAGCCACAAGUCCAAGAGCUCACUGUCACUCGGGCCCAAGAAGCCAACGAUGGGCAAGUGAUAACACGCACACAACCGAAUAUUGUACAUAUGCUCGAUCCUCGCUCGUUUCUUUGGCUGUCUCCCCCCCCUCUUUUCUUUAUCUCUUUCUUCAUUUGUCUUCCUUCGACAGUCUCCUUCUGUCUUUUGUUUCCCCUCCUUCGACAUGGGGCAGAGCUCUCGCAAGAAUACCAGGACAGCCCUGUAUCUCCUUUGCGAGCAUUGGAUGCUCUCUUUUUCUGGUUUGUGAAUACACAAUCAAUUUUUUCCGGUC